AUAAAUACGGUGUAAUGUGAACCUUUAUUGACGUUUCCCUCACGUAGUGCUUUUUUUUUUUAAGUGAAUUUGAAAAUGCUCAUUUGCGUGGGCGAAAAGUUGUCGAUAAAAUAUCUCAUUACCCUGCAUUUCUCUUUCUGUUUCCAUGAAACGACUGUAAUAACCUUAAAGAUGUAUCUAUAGGCAUAUUUUAUGCGCUAAACCCGUAUGGUCAUACAGCACACUCCAGUUAAUAAUAUACAAUAACAAUAUCUUUAUUUACUACAAGUAUAAGUACAUGGUAUCCAGUCCUAGCUGACGUCAGUGACAUACUACUAUAUAGAAAGCAGUUUAUGCUGAGCAUUUCGGGCAGAUUACGUCAGUUUUCUCCCAGGAUGCGACCCACACCAGUCAACUAACACCCAAGUACCCAUUUUAUUUAUGGGUGAACAGGGAUAACAGGUGUCUUAUGGCAACAUGUCCCUAAUGCUUUCCAGCCGUACCAGAGGAGAUUCGAACUCCGGACCUCAGCAUGUGAGCUGAGUGCAUUAGCAAUCAAGCUACGGGUCACCUAUACACCUGGUAUGAGCUGCUGGCGUGUAAUAAACUAGCCAUUCAGAUGCCACAUUCCUUAAUGCUGUUGAGGGGCUCUUUAUCCAAGGAAUUGGAUUUACCAUCUCCUUCCUUGGAUGUAAGCUGCUUGCUUCCCAUUGCUCAGACAUAUGCCCCCAACAGGCUUAGGGCAUCCCUAAAUAAUCAACUAAGGAAUUGGAUCUAUUCUUGCUUUCUUUGGAGCAGAUUAUUAUCUCCCAUUCCCCAGGUGGUAUAUGACCCUAUUGAGUUAUUAUCCCGACUAUGGGAUAAUAACUCAAUAAAGUCAUUGUGGCUGCUUUUCCCUUGGGGUCCUUUUUUUUUUAAGUCCUUUUCUAGGAUGUGACCUACAACAAUUUUCUAACUCUCAGGUAUUUAUUCAAUACUAGGUAAUAGGGGCAAUAGCUCGUAGAUUUUCCUCUGUCUCGCCUUGCUGUAUGACCCUUGUAUGUUUAGCUCUUCAUUUUUUAUUAUAAUAGUAUGUCUUACCUCACUGAGGGGCUUGACCUCUUGUGUACCCCUCAAGGAAGGUUCCUUGAUGUUGGUGAGGGGCUCUUGAUUUAGGAAAUUGGAUCUGUGCUCCAGUUCCCCGAAUUAAGCCUGAAUGCCUUCCACAUCCCCCCCAGGCGCUGUAUAAUCCUCCGGGUUUAGCGCUUCCCCUUGAUUAUAAUAAUAAUAAUUGACCUCUUGUGGCUCAUGGCUUUGUAGAGGCAUCAGCUCACACACUAGGACUAGUUCAGUCCCCAGAUGAGUGGGAAUGUUGGGCAUGUUUCCUUAUACAUGUACCUGCUGCCCAUGUUCACCUAGUGGCAAGUAGGUCCUAUAAAUGGGUGUUAGGCAACUGGUGUGGCUUGCAUCCUGGGGAAGAGGACUGAAGGACUCCAAUGGAAAUAAGCCACACACUGGUGACAUGCCUUUACUGGGUUAUCCUUAGUUACUAACUGUCCAGGUUAAUCCGAAUAAAAUCUGUUCUAUUGUGGAUGAGAUGAGCUCGCCAAUCUCUGCAUACUCCAGUAAUGAGUCAGAACAUAAUGUGGAUUUCAGAUUUAAUGGACAAAUCUGUGGCUGGACAUUACAGCCUCUCCUCACUUAACAAUGGAGUUCCAUUCCUAAGACACAUCGUUAAACGAAUUAGUCGCUAAGUGAGGAGCAUACUAUAAUGGUGAUGAGUUUGUGUCAACCAUCUUUGAUAUUGUUUUAGUGUCACCUUUGCACCAUGUAUAACAUUUCUGGUAUAUUUUUAAAUGUUUAUGCAGUAGUGUACUGUAUAUUGAAAUAAACAGAAUAUAGGAAAUCAGCUCUGAUAUACAUGAUUUAGGUAUGAAUACUGGUCAGAAAGCCCAUCGUAAGUCUGAGGCAUCGGUAAACGAGUAUGUCGUUAAGUGAAGAGAGGGUGUAUUUGGAAUCAAUGGUCAAAGUUCCCUAAACCCAGAAUUGUCCACCAUUUUUACAUUUCCCUUGGAUAAAUUCAUUUUGGAUUUAACAUACAUACAUACAUUAAGUUAGCACAGAAAAAUAUUCUCAUAAUUCUGAUUUAAUGGACAACAGGCAUUUGUCCAUUAAACUUGGGUUUCAGUAUUGUGUACAUAUUGCUUUAUUCAGGUUAAAUUUACAUGCUUUACAAAUUUUUUAAAUUUGCUCAAGGAUUGCAGUGGGCACAAUAAUAUAAGCAUACAUUAAUUGGAAGGUGAGUACACAUACAUGUACACAGUUGUCCAUGUUCACCCAUUAGUAAAAUUGGUACCUGGGUGUUAGUUGACUGGUGUAGGUCACAUCCCGGGACAAAACUGACCAAAUUUGCUCGAAAUGCUCUGCAUAACAAGCAGCUUUUUAUAUAGUAGCAUGUCAUUGAUGUCAGCUAGGACUGUAUACCUUGCACAUGUACUUGUAGAAAUAAAGAUAUUAUUAUUUUAAUGCACUUUUCUUCAUACUUGUAAAAGACUCAACACUGACAAUGUCUGAAGGUGAAGAUUCUCCUGUGACAGUGGGAGGCGGAGGAGUUAGUGAGCGUCAAUGGUAUGUCUCAAAUUUGGAGAGCACUGUGUCGGGUGGAGACACCCCGACAGAUUCUCCUGGAAGUCCAGCAAAUACAACAAAUAUUCAUACCAGCAAUGAAUACAUGGAGUUGGAUGAGCCAGAGAUGUUGGAUGAGAAAAAAGCACUUUUGGAAGAAUUUGAACGCAAACGUCGAGCUCGAAUGAUUCAUGUAACAACAGAUGAUAGUGAGGUAAAGCAGCAGUUGAGACAACUGGGUGAACCUAUCUGCUUGUUUGGUGAAGGCCCUGCUGAUAGAAGGAACCGCUUGAAAGAAAUUUUGUCUCGACUUGGUGAAGAUGCUCUAAAAAAGACAGGUGCUGGGCAACAAGAAGCGGAUACACCCGAACAUGAUCAACAGAGACCAGAGGAGACAUGGUAUCACGAGGGGCCGCAAUCACUAAAGGAGGCACGGAUGUUUAUCGUCAAUUACUCAAUUCCUCAUGCUAGGGCAAGAUUGAAAAAGGAGCAUUUGGAUUAUCAGGUUCCAGAAGCCACUCGCACUGCUAGAAGGCAGGAAGUUCAAAAUAAACUUAGAUCAUUUGGUCUUCUUGGUAGUCAGAAUGCUGACACAAGACCAGUAUGUUACUGUAGCUUCAGUCCAAAUGGAAAACUUUUAGCUACUAGUUCAUGGAGUGGUCUUGUUAAACUAUGGAAAGUACAUAAUUGCUUGGAAGAGCGUACAUUUCGUGGCCACAAUUGUUAUGUAGACUGUGUUGAAUGGCACCCUAGUGCCACUUUAUCCAUGGAACCAACAGCUUUGAAUUUAGUGUCCAGUGGACGUGAUGGAAGUGUACAGCUAUGGAGCUUAAAUGGAGAGGAACCUCUAGGAGAACUUCCAACUCUUGAGGCAAGGGUAUCUAGAGUACGUUUUCAUCCCAGUGGAAGGUUUCUUGGGGCAUGUGUGCAUGAUAACAGCUGGAGAUUGUGGGACUUAGAGAUUCAAGAAGAGGUUCUUUUUCAAGAAGGCCAUUCAAAGCCAGUUUAUUGCUUAGCUUUUCAGAAUGAUGGAUCUUUAUGUGCAACAGGUGGUAUGGAUGCUUCUGGCCGUAUAUGGGAUCUUAGGACAGGGAGAUGUGUCAUGUUCCUCAGUGGACACCAGAACCCAGUGUUAGCCAUUGAUUGGUCCCCUGAUGGCUAUCACCUAGUAACAGGCAGUGAGGACAACACUGCAAGAGUUUGGGAUGUGAGGCAACGUAGAUGUAUAUACAUUAUCCCUGCUCACACUGGCAUUGUUACUGGUGCUCGUUAUGAUCGACUAGGGGGACAGUAUAUUGUUACAUGUUCAUAUGAUGGCUCAGUUCGUCUCUGGUGCCAUGGAUCUUUUCAGGCUAUGCGUGCCCUUGAAGGACAUGGACAAAAAGUUAUGGGUGUAGAUGUUUCACCCACCGAUGGUAUUAUUGCAACCUGCUCUUUUGAUCGCACAUUCAAAAUUUGGGGACCAGAUUAGGAUGUAAUUGUAACUGAUUGAAUUUAAAAUUAAUAAAAAUUUGUUUGACAUAC